AUGUUGUCAACGCGUACUACUCAACCAUUACUAAAUCUUUCUCAGCUGCCCUGCCUAACACCUAUAACAAUAUUCCAGCAGCUCCGCUCAACAUCGCAUCAUCCCCUAGGGCCUGAUAUGAAAGAAUUGCUCACCUCAUAUGGCAUGGCAAUUGUGAAACUGCAGAAAUUCCUUCGGCUGAAAGAAGCCUUCUUAAAACAGGACCGCGGUCGACUAAACCAGGAGCAAAAUAACCCCGGACAUGUUAAUUGGGAUCCAAUUAACUUAUCUGACUGGCUAUUACUAGAGAUUGAUGCGAAUAUUCAGAUACGCCAGGAUCAGGUCACUAUAGCUUUAGAAAUGAUUUCUCCUACACUGGGCUCCAACUCUGUACUCCAGAUAAACAUGGGCCAAGGGAAAACGUCUGUUAUCAUGCCAAUGGUUGCAGCUGUGCUGGCCGACAGGGAUAUGCUCAGUAGACUUCUUGUCCCAAAGGCUCUGUUAUCUCAAGCUGCUCAAAUUCUUCAGUCUCGCCUUAGGGGUCUUCUCGGACGCGAAAUUAUACAUAUUCCUUUCUCGCGGCGAACACAGGCGACAGUUUCUUUAAUUCAAGAGUAUCGCAAGCUCCAUGAGAACAUCUUACACAACUCAGGCAUAAUACUAGGUGUCCCCGAACACAUCUUGUCAUUCAAGCUCAGUGGACUUCAACGCCUUUCUGAUUCAAAAAUAAAAGAGGCUGUCGACAUGAUUGAGAUGCAAGAGUGGAUGAACAAGGUAUGCAGGGACAUUCUUGACGAGUGCGAUUUUACGUUGGCCGUCAAAACGCAACUGAUUUACCCUGGAGGUGCACAACUUGCCGAAGUUGCCAUGACAAUUCUAGGUCUCGUCUCCCAGCAUCUGAAAGACCUCGCUUGUGAUUACCCACAAAGCAUGGAUGUUAUGGAGCGAAACUCUACAGGAUUCCCCAUAGCCUAUAUACUCAGAAAGGAUGUCGAAGAAGCUCUAAUCAGAAAAAUCGUAGGCGAUAUCUGCAGUGGACGUACAUCAAUAUUGCCCCUUCGCGAUUGUACAGAGAGGGCUAAGCAAGCAAUCAAAAUAUUCAUCUCCCAAGAAAGAGUGGAGGUACCCAUUGCUAAGCGUAUUGCGAAACUCUUUCCUGACAUACCUAACGCACGCAAAAAUGUUUAUUUACUGCGCGGUUUAUUGGUGCAUGGUAUUUUAAUAUUGUGCUUAAAGAAAAGAUGGAAUGUCCAGUAUGGUUUACACCAUCGUCAAGACCCCAUUGCCGUCCCUUUCCAUGCAAAGGGAGUUCCCUCCGAUCAAGCUGAAUGGGGUCAUCCAGAUGUAGCUAUUCUUUUUACUUGCCUCGCCUUUUAUUACGAGGGUCUAAGUCCAAGUCAACUCAAACAAAGUUUAGAAGCGGUGUUAAAGUCCGACCAUCCCGCAACCGAGUAUGACCGAUGGACGCAUGGUUCUACAAGCCUUCCUGAGGCGCUUCGGCAUUGGAAUGUUAUUACAGUGGACGAUGAAGGGCAAGUUGGGGAAAUAUGGCGCCAUUUAUGUUUCACAACAACCGUUAUAAAUCACUUCCUCAGCAAUUUUGUAUUUCCUCUACACGCCAAGCAAUUCGCUACCAAGCUGCAAGCCUCUGGUUGGGAUGUCCUUUUAUACAACCAGAGCUUACGGCCAGGGAUUACCACGGGAUUUAGCGGUACUAACGACAAUAGGAGACUACUACCUCUCACUAUUGAACAAUAUGAUCUUCCAGGGCUUUCACAUACCAAUGCUGAAGUUCUGACAUAUCUCCUCCAAAAACGAAAUCGAGAGUAUUGUGUCGCUGCCGACAGAGACGGGAGACGGUUGUCAGAAGUUGGACUUCUGAAAUACCUCCGAAAAUCUGGAAUCCGCAUCCUCAUAGACGCAGGGGCAUUCAUCAUGGAGAUGGAUAACCUAACAGUUGCGAAGGCUUGGCUGAUAGAAGAUCCUCACGCACAAGGAGCAGUGUACUUCUCAGAGGACAAUAAGCCAUGGAGAGUCCCACUUUUAGCAAGUCCUUUCGCGGAUGACAUGGGCAAUUGUGUGGUCUAUCUGGAUGAAGCUCAUACCCGAGGCACAGACUUGAAGCUGCCGUCAGAUGCGAAAGGGGCAUUAACUCUUGGUCUCGGCCAAACCAAGGACCACACUGUGCAAGCUGCGAUGAGACUACGACAACUCGGAACGACCCAGUCAGUGGCGUUUGUUGCACCACCAGAAGUUCAUCAAAGUAUCCUAGAUGUGUGUAAUAAACAAGCCGGUAUUAUCCUAGAAUCAUCAGAUGUUGUCACAUGGCUCCUAGAUCAGACGUGUACCAACAAUCGCGAAUUGCAGGCCCUUUACUUUUCUCAAGGAAUGGACUUUUGUCGCCGUAUGCAAGCAGCAAUGACGCAUAAAAAGUUUCUUUCAAGUUCUACUCACAGAAAGUCCUAUCUGGAUAUCUUACAACAGCCUGAUGGUAAAGUGGGUGUCCUAAUGCAAGAAUUAAGACAGAGACGCCAGCAGUCGCAGGGAUAUGAGUCCAUUACCAGUUCCGCUCUUGAGGAAGUUGAGCAGGAGAGGGAGGUUGCGUAUGAGAUUGAGGAAGAGAGAGAGGUGCAGCGACCCCGGCGUCCCAAAGCUCUAAAGUUUGCCGGGCUGCACCCGUCAAUUUUGAAAUUCGCCCAGGGCGAUUUUCUAGCUCUUGAUGAUGUAACCAAAGCAUCAGAAAUAUUAGAGUCUACGCAGCUUGGCUUGACUUACAAAAUUCAAGGGUCUUGCUUAGUGCCUCGCCUUUUCCUAUCUGUGGAGUUUACUCGGACAAUUAAGCUGAAAAAGGACGAGAAACAGGACUCCUACACGCGUCCUGUAAAUUGGUUGCUUUUCAACACAAGAAUAGAGAUAGCACUCGUCAUUAUCCCAGAGGAGGCCGAAGAAUUGAUCCCAAUCAUGCGCAAUUUGGUAUCUUCAGAUGUGCACCUAAUAGUUUACGCAGCACCAGUCUCCAGAUCCAUGUUGAAUUUCAAUGAUCUGACGUAUUAUGCUCUGCCCAGUCUUCCAGAGGGUUGGAAGCCUCCAUCUUGGCUUCCUUUCGAGCUUGGCAUACUCGCAGGAAGGCUUUAUUUUGAAUUCAACGAAUACCACGAGUUACUCGAUCGCCUACACUCCGUGUCUGAAACUGCCGAUGACAAGAAUGCUAAAUGUUCGAGUGUCUGGGCCAUCGCCAAAUCUCGUCUGGGUUUCCUGCAGGAAUGGUUAUCCGUAUGUCGCCAGGGACAGGAUAUUACCCAUACACUAAUGGGAUAUGUUUGUCAAGACCUCCAGCUUCGUAGUGACCAUCCUUUCUUUGCUUCGACGGUUAUCACGGGUCAAGACGCAGACAAGGGAAGUGGGCUCGGAUCAAUCCGGUAUAACUCUCGAAAGGAUAAGGAAGAGGAUUAUUAUUCAAGUGAUAAUGGGGAUGAGAUGAUGAUUAUGGAGGAGUACGAGGAUGAAGGGUCAGACCAUGCGGAUGAUUAUGCGGUUGGAAUUGAUUGACUGGGAUUGGUCUUUUGAAGGGGUAUUAUCAUGUCAAGUUAUCCAGUAGUUCUAUGUCGUUUGGUCUAACGAGAAAUGUCAUUAUUGUUGACUCAUU